AUGAAACGGUUUAUCCAGGGUGAACACCGAGGUCAAAGUACCUUACUUCCCCAAAGCCUCGACGACUACGUCAGCGAUACCAAUCCGGUUCGAGUGGUUGACGUUUUCGUCGAUGAACUCGAUUUGGCCAAGCUAGGUUUUGAUGGCGUCAUUCCAGCCGAAACCGGCAGGCCUGCCUACCACCCGGCGAUCCUGCUGAAGAUCUACAUCUACGGUUACCUAAACCGCAUUCAAUCGAGCCGACGUCUUGAGCGAGAAGCCCAACGCAACGUCGAACUCAUGUGGCUAACCGGGCGUUUGAUGCCCGAUUUCAAGACCAUCGCCAACUUCCGAAAAGACAACAGCAAGGCCAUUCGCGGCGUCUGCCGCCAGUUCGUUUUGCUCUGCCAGCAGUUGGGCUUGUUUGGCGAAAACUUGGUUGCCAUCGACGGCAGCAAAUUCAAGGCAGUGAACAACCGUGACCGCAAUUUCACCAGCGCCAAACUGAAGCGGCGCAUGGAAGAAAUCGAGGCGAGCAUCAGCCGUUAUUUGGCUGCGCUCGAUGUGGCUGAUCAACAGAUUCCUAGCGCCUCCGCGGCAGACACUGCCAGCCUAGAAGAUAAAAUCGCCAAGCUCAAAGCGCAGAUGAAAGAGCUUCAAGAGGUCGAAACUCAGCUCAACGAUUCCCCGGAUAAACAGGUGUCGCUGACCGACCCGGAUGCCCGCUCGAUGAUGACGCGCGGCAGCGGUAUCGUCGGCUACAACGUGCAAACGGCUGUCGAUACGCAGCACCAUUUAAUAGUUGCUCAUGAGGUCACCAACAGCGGUUCAGACCGUGACCAACUCAGUUCAAUGGCGAAGCAGGCUCGUGAAGCUAUCGGCGUAGAAACGCUGUCCGUGGUGGCUGACCGAGGCUACUUCAAGGGUGAAGAAAUCCUUGCCUGUCACAACGCAAACAUCACGGCCUACGUGCCUAAGCCAAUGACUUCAAGCGCCAAGGCUGAUGGCCGAUUUAACAAAGAUGCCUUCGUGUAUGACCCGACGAAAGACGAAUACACAUGCCCAGCGGGAGAGGCACUGAUCUGGCGAUUCUCCAGCGUUGAGAAAGGCAUGAAUAUGCACUGCUACUGGAGUUCAAAGUGUCAGAGUUGCACGCUGAAAACCCAGUGCACGCCAAGCACAAAUCGUCGAAUAAAGCGCUGGGAACAUGAAGCUGUGCUGGAGGAAAUGCAGCGCCGGCUGAACCAAGCACCGGAGAUGAUGCGCGCUCGAAAACGGACUGUUGAGCAUCCCUUCGGGACGCUCAAACAAUGGAUGGGGGCAACGCACUUCCUGACUCGAAAACUGAACGGGGUGAGCGCAGAAAUGAGCUUGAAUGUGCUCGCCUACAACUUGAAGCGGGUGAUGAAAAUCAUCGGCACCGAAGGCUUGUUGAAGGCGAUGGCGGCG